AUGAGAGCCAUUGUUACGAUCCUCGCCCUUGUGGCCGUUGCUAUUGCCGGCAACACCAAACCCAACAGCGGCAAAGGACCAAACUGUUUUUUGCUUUCAAACGGCAAUGGAGGUCUCCUAUCCCUCGGUAACGUUGCACUGGACGCACUCAAUGAUAGCUGCUCUGGUGGUGACGUUUACGGUUGCGACAACAAAAAUGUGAAGAGUGGGUUAGUGAACCUUGAUUUAAACGCGCAGUACAGCCCCAAUCAUGUUCUUUGA